AUGGAUGCUCAAUACUCCCUGACCUGGGGAAAGGUUAAGCAUGUACUCAACAAGUAUUCUAAGUUCAUUGGACUGUCAAUAAUGAUAUCUGUGGCAUACAUAGAUCCGGGAAAUUAUGCUACCGGUACAACUGCUGGGGCUACCAAUAAGUAUUCUCUUUUAUUCAUAGUAUUGGUAGCUAAUAUAAUUGCCAUUUUUUUGCAGAGUAUCUGUAUUAAGUUAGGUUCAGUGACAGGAUUUGAUUUAGCAAGGUGCUGUAGAGAAUAUUUACCUAAGAAAGUCAAUUGGGUUUUAUGGUUUUUCGCUGAAUGUGCUAUCAUUGCAACCGAUAUAGCUGAGGUAAUUGGUACUGCUAUUGCUUUAAACAUUUUAUUAAAGAUCCCUUUACCCGCUGGUGUGGUUAUAACUAUUGUGGACGUAUUAUUUGUGUUGAUGGCCUACAAAUCAGAUACAGCCAGUGUGAAAUUCUUAAGAUAUUUUGAACUUUUCGUGGGAUUAUUAGUUAUCGGUGUUACGGUGUGUUUUGCUAUAGAAUUAUCCAAAUUACCUAUUCAGCCAGGUGAAGUAAAAGAAAUCUUAAGAGGGUAUGCACCAAGUCGUCAAAUGAUUGAAGGUCCAGGUAUUACUGUAGCAGCAUCUAUUAUGGGGGCCACGGUUAUGAUUCACUCGUUAUUCUUGGGAAGUGGAAUUGUUCAACCAAGAUUAAGAGAAUACGAUGCUAAACACGGAUAUAUCAAUUUGAAUCAAUUAGAAGAAAAAAAUCAAGCUGAUGAGUUCUUCUACAAUCAAUACAAACCUUCAUUGGAAAGUAUCAGGUACAGUUUAAAAUUUUUCAUCAUUGAAUUGAUUGUGACAUUAUGUACAUUUGCCUUAUUUAUCAAUCUGUCAAUCUUAGUUAUAGCUGGUAAUACCCUUUUUGGGACCGAUGAGGCAGUUGAUGCUGAUUUAUAUACAAUCCAUAAAUUGUUAUCUGAGAACUUAGCUCCAGUGGUUGGUACAAUUUUCAUGUUGGCAUUAUUAUUUUCAGGUCAAAGUGCAGGUAUUGUCUGUACUAUAGCCGGUCAAAUAGUUAGUGAAGGUCAUAUUAACUGGACUGUCAAACCUUGGUUGAGAAGAUUAAUAACAAGAGGUAUUUCCAUUAUUCCAGUAUUAGGAAUAUCUAUUGGAAUAGGUAGAGGAGGAUUGAAUUUGGCUUUGAACGUCAGUCAAUUGAUCAUUUCCUUAUUAUUACCUAUUCUUACUUUACCACUCAUCUACUUUACCAGUUCCAAGAAAAUCAUGCAAAUAGCCAUCCCUAAGAAUCGUGUCCUUGAAGAUGUUACAACUGUUUGUUCUACUGAAGGGACUUCAGAGGAAAACGAGGAAGAAUACGCAUAUUUCCAUAAUAGUUGGUUAACUAUGAUAGUAUUAAUCGCCAUCUGGUUGUUUGUCUCUGUGAUUAAUGUUUAUGCUAUCUACGAUCUAUCCAAGAAUGGAUUUAUGAACUAG